GAAUGCAAACCUCGCGCGCUCACGACUCCAUUGGGUGUAGAUGUAUUUCGUCAUUUCUCUGACUCACGUUUUUUUGCGAUCAUUUCCUCAGUCUUCGCAGUUUUUUAGAGAACGUUUUACAGUUCGUGAUAUUUUUGUUGUUGUUUCUUUCAGAUUAACGGUAGCGUCAGAAAAUGUCACCUUAAGAUAUUUACCUUUUCGUAUCACUUUCUCUUCUCGAGUUAAACGCGGAGAUUAACAACUUGAGUUGGGUAACCGUGAGAUUUGGCCAUAAAUAUGGCAUCUAAAUUAAGUAUAGACUAUGAGGCGAUUCCAGUAACAGCUUUAAACUGCAAUUUCCGAAAGAAACUGGGGCUGUACUUGAAUCCAACAAACGCGGUGGCAGCAGACUGGAGGACAGUCGCGGAGAUGAUGGACUAUACCUACCUGGAGAUCAAAAACUUCGAGAAAAGAGAGUAUCCCUUUGAAAAAGUCUUAACGGAGUGGGAAACUCGUCCAGAGGCAACAGUGGCUAAUUUACUGUCGAUUUUAGAAAAAGCGGAAAGGAAAGAUGUCAUAUCAGACCUCAAAGACAUUAUAGAUGAUGACUGCAGGAAGUAUUUGGAAAGACAGCUGAGGAAGCCUGUCCAGGUCCCAGUGGUGGACAGCUGUGGGCCGCGCACACAGGAGCUAGAAGGCAUCACGCUGUGUGAUGAUCCACAAGGACUAACACCGGAGACCUUUGAUGCAUUCAUCUGCUAUUGUAAGAAUGACUUCCAGUUUGUGCAUGAGAUGAUCAAACAGUUGGAACAGACUGAAUACAACCUGAAGCUGUGUGUCUUUGACCGAGACGUCCUUCCUGGCACAUGUGUGUGGACCAUCACCAGUGAGCUCAUAGAAAAAAGGUGCAAAAGGAUGGUGGUGGUCAUUUCUGAUGACUAUCUGGACAGUGAUGCAUGUGAUUUUCAGACUAAGUUUGCACUCAGCCUUUGCCCAGGAGCUCGCUCUAAACGUCUAAUCCCUGUUGUCUACAAAACCAUGAAGAGGCCUUUUCCCAGCAUUCUCCGUUUUCUGACCAUCUGUGAUUACACCAGACCCUGCACACAGGCCUGGUUCUGGACCCGGCUGGCCAAGGCACUCUCACUGCCCUGAUCCUUUCAAUAGACACUGUUAAAUGGGUCAUGAACUGCCUUUUCUUCAUUUUGUACUGUUCUCUGAGGUCCACUUAUAAUGUUAUCAAGAUUUUUACAUCAAAAAACCAUAAUCAUUUGGAAGUAAUAGGCUAUUUUCUGUUCUGUUAUGACCCCCUCAUCGGAUCGCUCUGUUUGAAUGGGUGUGGGUUUGGCAGAUUCUAGACUCGGGAGUAAACACCCACUGCUAUGAUUGGCUGACAGUUGUAUGUGUAUGUUUGACAGCCUACACCCUUCACAGAUGGACACUGUUGUGAUUUAGGUUAAAAAUGCAUAAAUCGCUACAUAUCAAUCGUUCUGUUUAACAGACGGAGCAAAAGUGACCACGUAAUAAAAACACUUCUGUGUUGCAACGUUACUGUCGGAUCCAAUAUAGUCGCCACAGCAUCAUCUUUUCGGUUUCAGUGUUUCUGAAAAUCCUGCGUCGAAUUGUGCCAAGUUCUUACAGACGUGGACUGGAACAUUAAAAAUAAAGUUCAUCCACUCUUUCCUAAUGUUGGGAUCAGGAGGAAGGCAGUGCAAAGACUGUGUUUUUCCGCAACUUGGCACUGCAGGGCAUCCUGUUGUUUUCGGAGUCAUCUUUAUCGUUUGGUUUCAGUGUAAACCUGCACUUGCCUCUCUCGUUAUUUACACUACAUGUGCAAAUCGGUGGGCGGGGCUAAAGAGGCAGUGAUGUAGCAGCAGGCGCUGAUCUUCUGUGGAGGGGGUGUUUAGCCACACUAUUACAUCAUAAAGUGCAACAUUCCACAGCCUGCCAUUUUGGCAGAUUGGGUUCAAUUUAAGCUGUUUUUUUAGAUUACAGGAUGUUCUUUUUAUAGUACAAUGUCCUCUUAUAUGUCAAAAUAGCAAGGGAAUUUAGAUUUCUCAGUUCAUGACCCCUUCAGAGGUUUACUGUUCAGUCAUCACUGGGUAAUACUGUUCUCUACGGAGGAUUAAGGGAAAAUACCUUGUGAAUUUCGCUUGCUUGGGAGAGUUUCUCAGACUCUGUAGUGAGUCCAGCUUAUGAACAUUUCAAGAAAGGUACUUUUUGUAGUAUUUACAUCAAAUAAGUCUGCCUUAAUCAAAAGGUUGCUCAGCUUUCCAAAGCAAAUCCCUACAAAUGGUUUCUCACGUAGUUUCUUUCUUGUCUUGUGUUCAGUGUGUACAAGUGUGUUUAUUUGUGGUAUUUUUAGCAAGAGUGUCUGUAUGUGAAAUCUAAAUGUGCAUAAUCAGUCAGCUAUUUGCUCCUGUUGAUUGAAGCUUCUUGGUGUGGUGUAUGUAGUACUAUGGGCACAUAAGAAACACUUGCUCUGAUGUUUUAAUGCACUUUUACUUUGUCUUACAUACUGGCAAUGUUUUGUGUUAUAAAAUAUUUGAAAUAUA